AGUUGGGGGCGGGGUCUGGUUCCAUUAGAGAGUGGGGAGAGGGUGAGAGCGGUCACACUCACUUCGGCAGCUCCAGGGAGAGGACGUGUUCACCACUGGUUGACCUGACACUAACCAAACAGUCAAAAUGGCAGAUGAUGAGAUUGCAGCACUUGUCAUAGACAAUGGCUCUGGUAUGUGCAAGGCUGGGUUUGCUGGAGAUGACGCACCCCGUGCUGUGUUUCCCUCCAUCGUUGGUCGUCCCAGACAUCAGGGUGUUAUGGUUGGUAUGGGACAGAAGGACAGCUAUGUCGGUGAUGAGGCUCAGAGCAAGAGAGGUAUCCUUACCUUGAAAUACCCCAUCGAGCAUGGUAUUGUCACCAACUGGGAUGACAUGGAAAAGAUUUGGCAUCACACAUUCUACAAUGAACUCCGUGUUGCUCCUGAAGAACACCCUGUCCUCCUCACAGAAGCUCCUUUGAACCCCAAAGCCAACAGAGAAAAGAUGACUCAGAUCAUGUUUGAGACCUUCAAUACCCCAGCCAUGUAUGUUGCCAUCCAGGCUGUGCUGUCCCUAUAUGCCUCUGGUCGUACCACUGGUAUUGUUAUGGACUCUGGUGAUGGUGUCACCCACACUGUGCCCAUUUAUGAGGGUUAUGCACUUCCACAUGCUAUUCUGCGUCUGGAUCUGGCUGGUCGUGAUCUGACAGACUACCUCAUGAAGAUUCUGACAGAGCGAGGGUACUCUUUCACCACCACAGCAGAAAGGGAAAUUGUCCGUGACAUCAAAGAAAAACUGUGCUACGUAGCCCUGGACUUCGAACAAGAAAUGGGUACUGCUGCUUCCUCCUCUUCCCUGGAGAAAAGCUAUGAGCUGCCUGAUGGUCAGGUCAUCACCAUUGGCAAUGAGAGAUUCAGAUGUCCUGAGGCCCUGUUUCAGCCAUCUUUCUUGGGUAUGGAAUCUUGUGGCAUCCAUGAAACUACUUUCAACUCUAUAAUGAAGUGUGAUGUUGAUAUCCGUAAAGACCUAUAUGCCAACACAGUAUUGUCUGGUGGUACCACCAUGUACCCUGGUAUUGCUGACAGAAUGCAGAAAGAAAUCACAGCCCUUGCACCCAGCACCAUGAAAAUCAAGAUCAUUGCUCCACCUGAACGUAAAUAUUCUGUCUGGAUUGGAGGUUCCAUCUUGGCUUCCCUGUCUACCUUCCAGCAGAUGUGGAUCAGCAAGCAGGAAUAUGAUGAGUCUGGCCCAUCCAUUGUGCACCGCAAAUGCUUCUAAAUGGACUGCAAGCAAAUGCACAGCAUUUGCUGCAAACUUUGAAAAGGAAGAAUAAUUUUUUUUUGCCCAGGCAAUUACACCUCGUGCUAGCCUCAUGAAACUGGAAGAGCCUACUCGUAAAGAAAUUACCAUCCCCUUCAGAAAGCUAGUAUGAAGUGUUUUGAAAGGAGCACUGUUGGAUUGUCGAAAUAAUCACUUUCUGUCUUGCUGCCAUUCUUGCAGGGUUUGAAACACAUUGCAUUUCAGGCCUUAUGACCCUGUUGUUCUAUUGUUUCUCAGCAGUUCAUGGGGCUGAAACUUGAGUUGCAAAAGUUGCAUUUACACCUGUAAAUUUAUGCAUCUGAGUUAAUUUAUGUAAAAUUUUCUUUUUGUACGUUGCCUUAAUGUUCAUUUUCACAUGGUAGAAAACCAAAAUUUGUAAGUCCAUCUGGAUGUUGACAACUGUAAUGCCCAACUGACAUUUCAUUUUGAGGGAAAACCAAGUAAAGUACUAUAGAAACUGA